ACCAUUUCUCGUCCGCUACAUUGUUGCUGUUGGAAGAAAUAAAAGCGAGUGCGCGACACGGACACCCGAAACGCAAAGUGACAGCGCGGUGAUCGUCGCUACCUGUCAGCGUGGGAGCGGGCUCGUCCGUGGCACCAUCGUCGUGCUGAGUGUUUGUGUGAAUAGUAUACAGCUGACAGCCUGUUACCGGAUUAAACUGUCUCUCCACAAUCCUCCUCCUCCUCCUCAUCUGAUCAUCAGUCCGUGUUGGGAAAUCUGUCGGACCCGGGACAGUUAGGAGCGCAGACAUGAGCAGCCUCGUGCUGUGGGACCACCUGCAAGCUGGCAGCUCCGAGGUGGACUGGUGUGAAGGCAACUACCUCAUUUACCCUGGCAUCGCAGAGUUUUACAACACGAUCAGUAACGUGCUGUUUUUCAUUUUGCCGCCCAUCUUGAUGUGCUUGUUCCGUCAGUAUGCCACACAUUUCAACAGCGGGAUUUAUCUGAUAUGGACUCUGCUGGUUGUGGUCGGUAUCGGUUCCACAUACUUCCACGCCACACUCAGCUUCCUGGGCCAGAUGCUGGAUGAGCUGGCCAUCCUCUGGGUCUUAAUGUGUGCCAUCGGCAUGUGGUUUCCCAAGAGAUACCUGCCCAAAGUGUUCCGUAGAGACCGGUCAAGGUUCAAGGUGGUCAUUGGCAUCCUGUCAGGGAUCACCACUGGACUGGCCUUCGUCAAGCCUGCCAUCAACUCACUGUCCCUGAUGACUCUGGGUAUCCCCUGCACUGCCCUGCUCAUCACGGAGCUCAGGAGGUGUGAGAACCUUCGCGUUUUUAAGCUGGGUCUUCUCUCUGGCCUCUGGUGGACCCUGGCCCUGCUCUGCUGGCUCAGCGACAGGAUCUUCUGCGAGGUGUGGUCCUCAGUCAACUUUCCAUACCUGCAUUGUGCCUGGCACAUCCUCAUCUGCCUGGCCUCCUAUCAGGGCUGUGUGUGCUUUGCCUACUUUGAUGCUGCUGCCGAGGCUCCUGAGCAGGGUCCUGUCAUCAAGUUCUGGCCCAGCGAGAAGUGGGCCUUCAUUGGCGUGCCGUACGUCACCCUGCUGUGCGUCCAUAAGAAGUCCUCGGUUAAGGUAACGUAGGCUGCCCCAGGGCUGCCCAGGACCUUGGAGAACUCGUGUCUUUCUAUACAUGUAUCACAGUUCAGCCCCAGCGGCAGGAACGUGAGGACCUCUGCAAGGUGUACAGUUGGAGAACCAGUCAGCUCCCAGCAGGACUGACUCACCCUGUGAGGAGGGCGUCUGUUCACCAGCGGAGAUGGCUGCAUUUAACACCAUGAGGAGUUUAUCAAUAUGCAUCUCUCUGAAUCCAGCAAUGUGUGGAUCUUUCCUGGAUUCUUGACUUUUUUCCACCUCAAGCCAUCAGCUCACAUCACCUUCUAGAUCCUGGUGACACUCCUGGAUCCUCCCAGUUUAUGAGCUCAUUUUGUUUUAGCUGUUUCUAUGGUUGCAUCCUACUUUGUGAUUAAGAUCAGGGUUCAAUUCAAGUAAGAGCAAAUGUGACUUAUUUAAAAAAUACACUGUCUGGUAAAUCCACAUUCGUAGUGCUCUUUCUAUUUAUUAUUUAUUCAAACUUUUGAUGUCUCCAAGGUGCUCUGCCACAAAGCACUCGUGAUUUUAUCCUCAGAGACUUCUUCGUUGUGCUAACUGCCAUUAAAGUGAGUUUUUCACCCACUGAGAGCUGCAUACUUUCAGAACAAAAUUUCACCGUUUCUUAUUGCACCUCAGCUAGGAUUAACUGCUGAUUUAAUGCUGCUCUUGUUGUUUGUAUUCAUUUCAUAGAUAAAUUUUAACAUAUUAUGGUAAUUAUUUUUUGUUUGUGUUCUAUGUUUAUUAUAUUGAUACAUAAAAGGUAAAAUGUAUUUUACAAAAGCAUGAUUUUAGUGUUGGACUCACAUGGUAGCGGUGUGACUUUGGGUUAUUGUGUCAGAAGAAAGGACGGUCCUGAUUUUCAGGGUGUUACUGUGCAGUUCAAAGGCCGCAGAUACCUGCCUCUUGUUCUGAGUCCACAGAAUCACUUGGUUUGUUCUGUAAACUGAAGUCACGAGGUUCUGCUGACAUGAGCAGCGUCAGAUCUGUCAACAGAAUUUAAAUUUAAAAGCCACUGAAUUCACAUGCUUGAAAUUCAAAUUCAAAAAUUGUGUUUAAAAAAAAUUAAACUGGUCAUCCCUGACAUAACCCCAUUCAAACUGAGAAUUUGACUUUACAGAGUAUUAUUUAGAACCUACACUGUUUCCAUGAGCCACUUGUCCUUGCCAGGGUCAUGGUGGGCAGGAUCCUAUCCCAGAAUCAUAGGGCACAAGGCUUGAGGUGGUACACCCUGGCUGGAACACCAGUCCAUCACGGUAUAUAUGUUAUAUUAAAAGUGCUGUUACUUUUAUUCACAAAAGCUGACCAACUUAAACAUUUUGUAGCAAGUUUUUGACACCUAUUUUUCAGAGUACACCAUCUUUAAUAAACUUAAAAGAAAAUACUAUUUGUCUCAGCAGGAUACUACACGAUUAUACAUCUACAAGCCCAUCCCUAUGAAUUAUGAGUCGUCUUGAGUCACCAUGAAGGAGUUUGAUUAGAUCCAGGUUCUUCCGAGUACACCAGAGGGUUUCUUUGACAUCUGAAUUUCACUGACCAAAUUCAGCAACUUGAAUAUAAGGUACUUAAUUCUACAAUUUUCACUUUUUCAACCUGAAUUUUCUAAUUCAAAGAGGUCAGUUCACUAGCUUUUUUACACAUUCAAAUUCUCUUGAGUCUGAUCUGACACCAUAUCUGGUCCAGUUACUGUCUUUUUCAACAGUAUGGCUGGAUCCCAGAGCUCAAGGGAAGUAGCUUGGUGUGUAAAGCCAUCAGGAAAAAGAUCUUUUGCUCUGUGGACCCAGAACUGCAAAGGGAUAAACAGUGUUACUGGUGGAAUGCAUAGAGCCUGUUUAUUAUCAUUCUAACAUGACUUUUUUAAGCCCAAUAAGUGUUUAUAACCCAAAGAGAAAAACCCUUUUGUACAAGUUGUAUUUUUGCAUUUUAUUCAAUAAACAAAUCCAGCAUCAAAAUUUUGAAUGGCCCUAACUGAAAUGCUUCAGUGAUGCCAUGAGGUGGAUUUUCAGGACCUGUAUAACUCUAAGUCAAAGUCAGUCCUAAUUGGUGUGGUGUGAAGCUGUUGGGCAUAUGAGGACACCUCCUUAAAGAGACUCAAACUUCAUUUCUAUGAGGGUCAUGCAGACCUUAACCAAAACUCAGACCUUUAGAGAAUUCAUGUGAGGAGAUCCCAUAUGACAAGUUAUUUCAUCAGUCCUAUGAUGAACAUUGGUUCAUAUGGUGGAAAGAAACAAACUGCAUGUAAGUAUCACAGAUCAGCAUCUAAAUAUUUCUUCCUACUAAUUUAAUGCACACACUGUAUUUUCUUUGAUAUGUACGUCACUUUGGAGGAAAGCAUCUGCUAAAUGACUAAAUGUAAUGUCCUCACUCCAUGCCCAGAGUUACAAAACCACCGAAAGGAUCUUCCUGAAUCCAUGGGUCGUGUGUGUGUAUCAGCCAUCAGUUUUCUAGAGGUGCUGUAAGAAAAGUUCUCUGAAAGAGACACUUGUAGUUCACCUAAAAGGCAGAAUGUAACAGCUUUUCCAUCACAGGGCUUGAAUAAAUAAAAUGCUGUUGGCCUACUACUAAGGCUAUUAGUGGAAUGUCUGGCACAAGUGAAGCGUAAGCAACAAUGACCAUGCUCAGUUGUAUAUGAUAGAGCCUUGGAGGCCAUGAAUCUGAACUCUGGCUCAAUAGUAAGGCAAAAACUAAAGUUUUAUAAAUUAUGAAAAAUAAUAAGCAACAGUCAAAGCCAUGGUGUACUUCCUAUUCUUAUUUCCAAUGAAAACUGAAUGCAGAACGUAAAGUCCAGAAAUGCCAAGCUGUGUGGACCUUGACUUGUGCUCACUUAAUACUUUUUCCAGUUAAGGCCCGAAUACACCUGGAACGGUCUUACUUGUAUUUUGGUGACAUCAGGUCCUGAUGGAUAAAAGACAGUCGAUCUCCCUGAAAUGGCGCUGAAGAAUGAACUCUGGCGGCAGUGAGGUCCGGCGCGCGCUAACCUAAAGGCCCGCCAAAACCACUUUGGCGGGAUGCGUCCCGAGUCUAUUGGGGAUGGAACUGACGUCACCUCAGACGGGAGCGCGCUCGCACACAUCCGCAGAGGUCGGUGGCAAAAUCACCUCGCUACAGUUUUUCAUUCAAUGUAGUGAAAACUCGUAUUAAGCAACCAAAAGUACAGGAGUCCGUGUUGUACACAUAAAAACUCGCGAGCAUUUAUAUAAUUUCACACUACUGUCGAACUCACAUACAUAGCUCAAGAAAGUUGACGUAGUUGCAAAACAAUACAUUCAAAG